ACGAGAUGAAGUUCGCCACACAACAGUCAACAGCUCCAAUUUCGUGUUUUCCUGCUAACUUCACAGAGGUAACGGAAUUGCGUGGUUUUCAGUAUCAUAGUUUGGAGAUAGUGUACCGGUAGUCGGUGGUAUGACUGAAAUCUGAAUCGUGGAAUAGCCAAUCGGUAAUGGAAUCAGAAAUUCUAAUUCGUCGGCCUGCUGCAUACUCGAAGUUGCCCACGAAGAAGGGCUCACACGGAUUGGCACAUUUCGUAACUCCUGGAGAUAUUGUCACAGAUGAUACAGAUUAUAUGAGAGGGCAUGGAAGUUACAUGAGAGAUGAAAAACUUCAUGCUUGUGUUGCUGGUGUUGUGGAACGGAUAAAUAAACUUAUUAGCGUGAAACCUCUCAAACUGCGUUAUAAUGGUGAAGUUGGUGAUAUUGUUGUUGGAAGGAUUAAGGAAGUUCAACAAAAAAGAUGGAAGGUGAACACCAAUUCCAGAGUAGAUUCGGUUUUACAUCUUUCAUUUGUUAAUUUGCCUGGCGGUGAACUGAGAAGAAGAUCAGCUGCUGAUCAACUAACAAUGAGAGAAUAUUUGAAAGAAGGAGAUCUGAUCAGUGCUGAAGUUCAACAGGUGCAUAAUGAUGGAUCUCUUUCACUACAUACAAGGAGUCUGAGAUAUGGGAAAUUGGGGCAAGGUUGUUUAGUUGUAGUUUCUCCAUCAUUGGUAAAAAGAAGGAAAAAUCAUAUUCACAAUUUACCAUGUGGUGCUACUGUUGUUCUUGCAAAUAAUGGCUUUAUUUGGAUUUAUGCAACACCUGCUACUGAUAACGAGGAAAUGGAUAAAGGUCAUGGCGGAUUUGUUGCAGAUGUUGAACCAGUGGCAUUAGAAGAUAGAGAAGUUAUUUGUAGACUUCGGAAUUGUAUAAAAUGUCUUGCACAACAUAAUAUACAACUUUAUGAUACAAGUAUAAUGUACACCUAUGAUGUUUCACUCAGUCAUCAGAUCAAGGAACUACUCAAUCCUGACAUCAUGAGUGAUGUUGUAAAUCAAGCUGUGUUGAGGUUACGAAGAGAAGAGUCCUGAGAUUGAGGAGAAUUUCAUGAGGAAAAAUUGUUGCAAACAACUGUUGCUUGUGCUAAUAUUCGAAGAAUAUUAUAGGAUGGGCUGAUUAACAAUCGUUUGCACAAGUAGAUAGCAAAGCCCAAAAGCAUUUUGGGCGAUGGGAGCAGUCCUGAAAUUUGCUUCAUUUUCUGACCUACGGAAUAGAUAGGCAGUGUAUUGUACUCUAUCAAUCAUACAUAAAAAGGAAAUAAAAGGAUUUUAAUAACCAUG